CCAUUCCCCUUCUUUGGAUAUUGAGGAGGUAGGGAAGCAAUGCUCUCAGGAAUCAAAUUGCAAGCUUCAACCCCUCCAAAACCCUCAUCACCUUCCCUUUUCAGAUAUAACAACAACCACAACAGAGUCUCGUUGUGGAAGAAGGCGAGUACACUCGAACCCUCGGCUAGUCGAACCCUCUCAGCCGUUCCCUUCCCUACCGCUGCGACUACCAUUACCAACGAUGCAUCUCCAUCUUCCCUCACGUAUUCCGUCGGAUCCCCACCGUCCGUUCCUAUCACGCAGUGGAAUCUCAACCAUCGACACAUCCACUUGUUAAACGCCAUCGCUUGCGCCACAGCGAUUUCUGCAACAUGGUUGUUUUUUUCUGCGAUUCCAGCCCUUCUGGCUUUCAAGAAAGCGGCCGAGUCUCUAGAAAAGCUGCUAGAUGUUACAAGAGAAGAGCUUCCUGACACAAUGGCUGCUGUCAGGUUAUCUGGCAUGGAGAUCAGUGACCUCACCAUGGAACUGAGUGACUUGGGCCAGGAGAUAACACAAGGUGUUAGAAACUCCACCCGAGCAGUUCGCAUGGCCGAGGACAGACUACGUCGUCUGACGAAUAUGGCUCCAGCAGCGCUGGUGCAGGAGAAAGCCACUCUGAAGACCGAGAUGGUGGAACCGGUAAUGGCUAGAACGGUGAGGACCUUAAAGGAGGGGAUUGUGAAUGGUCGUGCAAUCUUGCAGGCUUUCUUUAGCCUCACUCAAUUUUCUAGGUGGGCAAUGAAAUAUGUGUCUGCCCGUGGAAAACAGUGAAUCUGAAUACCUGCGGCUAUCAUCUGAAUCACGGUGAGCAUCUUUGAAUCUCGUCUGCUUAUAAUUUUUUAUUUUAUUUUUUUCAUUUGAGCUUUUCUUCAGGGAUCUUUCUAAUCAUGUAUUUGUAUGUCAAAUAAUUAUAAGAUGUUAGACUUAAAGAUAUUAUGGUCCAAGAUGAGUGGAGGAGAUGAGGAAUGCUUUCCUUUCUUUUCUCCCUCGUAUUUUCAUUUGUUAGUGACUUCAGAUUGUUUGGAAUAUGCGUCCCCACCUUCUGCUUGUAAACUAGAUUAGUUUGAAAUACUGAUCUUGACUGGCCUUUAUGUAAUACUUAGAAAAUACUUUGCUGCUCUGAAAUGUCUUGAUCCACGUGGAAGAUGAAA